GUCGUGGUCUGGCCGCGACCUGGACGAUGACGAGGCGGCGCCGCUGCUGCGAAGGGCGGCGCGGCCCGGGGCGUCGGCCGGGGAGGCCACGCCGCUGCUGAACGGGGCCGGGCCAGCGGCCGCCCGCGCAAUCUGUCCUUUAAACACUUGUGUAGUGUUUAAACAUGAAGAAAGACCCAAACAUCUGGCUCUGUCUCUAGAACUUAUAUUUAGAUUUCUCCAGUCCCUGGGAAAUACAGCAGACACUGAAAGUCAAAGUCUGCUCUUUGAGUGGAAUCUUCUGCUGAGUCGCCCCAUUCGGCAUUUUUCCGGAUUGGACAGAUGAGCACCUUGGAGCUGGACGAUGAGCUUCUGGACCCCGAGAUGGACCCCCCUCACCCUUUCCCCAAGGAGAUCCCACACAAUGAGAAGCUGCUGUCCCUCAAGUACGAGAGCUUGGACUAUGACAACAGUGAGAACCAGCUGUUCCUGGAGGAGGAGAGACGGAUCAACCACACGGCCUUCCGGACAGUGGAGAUCAAACGCUGGGUCAUCUGUGCCAUGAUUGGCAUCCUUACGGGCCUCGUGGCCUGCUUCAUUGACAUCGUGGUGGAGAAGCUGGCUGGCCUCAAGUACAGGGUUGUCAAGGACAAUAUUGACAAGUUCACAGAGAAGGGUGGGCUGUCCUUCUCCCUCCUGCUGUGGGCCACUCUGAACUCUGCGUUUGUGCUCCUGGGCUCGGUGAUCGUGGCCUUUAUAGAGCCGGUCGCCGCUGGCAGCGGGAUCCCCCAGAUCAAGUGCUUCCUCAAUGGGGUGAAGAUCCCCCACGUGGUCCGGCUCAAGACUCUGGUGAUCAAAGUGUCCGGCGUGAUCCUGUCCGUGGUGGGAGGACUGGCUGUGGGGAAGGAGGGGCCAAUGAUCCACUCCGGCUCCGUGAUUGCUGCUGGGAUUUCCCAGGGGAGGUCAACAUCACUAAAGCGAGAUUUCAAGAUCUUCGAGUACUUCCGCAGAGACACAGAGAAGCGGGACUUUGUCUCGGCAGGAGCUGCGGCCGGAGUGUCUGCUGCGUUUGGGGCCCCUGUGGGUGGGGUCCUGUUCAGCUUGGAGGAGGGUGCGUCCUUCUGGAACCAGUUCCUGACAUGGAGAAUUUUUUUUGCUUCCAUGAUUUCCACCUUCACCCUGAAUUUCGUCCUAAGCAUUUACCACGGAAAUGUGUGGGACCUGUCCAGCCCUGGCCUCAUCAACUUUGGAAGAUUUGACACCGAGACGAUGGUGUACACGAUCCACGAGAUCCCCAUCUUCAUUGCCAUGGGUGUGCUGGGUGGUGUCCUUGGAGCCGUGUUCAACGCUUUGAAUUACUGGCUGACGAUGUUUCGAAUCAGGUACAUCCACCGGCCCUGCCUCCAGGUGAUCGAGGCCAUGCUGGUGGCCGCUGUCACGGCCACAGUCGCCUUCGUGCUGAUUUACUCUUCCCGGGAUUGUCAGCCCCUGCAGGGGAGCUCUGUGUCCUAUCCCCUCCAGCUCUUCUGUGCCGAUGGCGAGUACAACUCAAUGGCCGCAGCCUUCUUCAACACCCCGGAGAAGAGCGUGGUCAGCCUUUUCCACGACCCCCCAGGCUCCUACAACCCCAUGACGCUUGGCCUCUUCACCCUGGUCUACUUCUUCCUGGCCUGCUGGACCUAUGGGCUCACGGUGUCGGCCGGUGUCUUCAUCCCGUCCUUGCUCAUCGGGGCCGCCUGGGGCCGGCUGUUCGGCAUCUCCCUCUCCUACAUCACAGGGGCCGCAAUCUGGGCAGACCCCGGCAAGUAUGCCCUGAUGGGAGCGGCUGCCCAGCUGGGUGGGAUCGUGAGGAUGACGCUGAGCCUGACGGUCAUCAUGAUGGAGGCCACCAGCAACGUGACCUACGGCUUCCCCAUCAUGCUGGUGCUGAUGACCGCCAAGAUCGUAGGGGACGUCUUCAUUGAGGGCCUGUAUGACAUGCACAUCCAGCUGCAGAGUGUGCCCUUCCUGCACUGGGAAGCCCCGGUCACCUCGCACUCGCUCACUGCCAGGGAGGUGAUGAGCACACCGGUCACCUGCCUGCGGAGGAGGGAGAAGGUGGGUGUCAUCGUGGACGUGCUGAGCAACACGAUGUCCAACCACAACGGCUUCCCCGUGGUGGAGGCCGCCGAUGACACCCAGCCAGCCCGGCUCCAGGGCUUAAUCCUGCGCUCUCAGCUGAUCGUCCUGCUGAAGCACAAAGUGUUCGUGGAACGGUCCAAUGUGGGCCUGGUGCGGCGGCGGCUGAGACUGAAGGAUUUUCGUGACGCCUACCCACGCUUCCCCCCGAUCCAGUCCAUCCACGUGUCCCAGGACGAGCGGGAGUGCACCAUGGACCUCUCCGAGUUCAUGAACCCCUCCCCCUACACAGUGCCCCAGGAGGCGUCCCUCCCGCGGGUGUUCAAGCUGUUCCGAGCCCUGGGCCUCAGGCACCUGGUGGUGGUGGACAACCACAAUCAGGUGGUCGGGCUGGUGACCAGGAAGGACCUGGCCAGAUACCGGCUUGGGAAGGGGGGCCUGGAGGAGCUCUCUCUGGCCCAGACGUGAGAUCCAGCCCUGGCACUUCCCCCGGAACCCCCACCUCAUUCCCCAGGCAGCAUGGAUCCAGACCCUGGGGACAUCCUGGCCAGCGUGUGACUCUUGUGGGCUCUUUGUUUGCAUUCUCACCCCCAUUUCCUCACCUCCUGUCUCAGCCCCUCAGUUUUCACGCGCCAGCCCCCUGUUCCCUGAUCUCUGGGGAGCAUUUUGUGCAACUCUCCCUGAGAGCUUGUGCGUGCUCAUGCGUGUGUCUGUGUGCGUGUGAUUAUGUGCCUAACAGCUGGUUAGCUGAGCCCUGUGGGUCCAAAUGCUGCAGCCCCCAGGACGGAGCCAUUGCUGCUUCUGUGCCCCCUGUCAUCCUGGGGGCCAGUGCAGAAGGACUGCACCCUGAGCACUGGCAGCUCGAUGUCUGGGCAACUUCAGGCUGUACUGGAGGCCUUGGAUCUUGUUCUCAGCCCUCAGCUCAGUCUGCAGCCAUGAGGUUUUGGGUCUGAGCAGAGAGAGACCCAAGCUGGACGCAGGGAGGCGAGGGCUUAGGGGAGCAGGACUGCCCUGGAGAGCAGACCCCAGAGCUGGACUCCUAGACUCAACACAUAUCCCCCCUGGGCCACACCCCACUCGGUGCUGUGGACCUGGACCCAGAAUCCACCUCUGCCUCUGUCACUGAGCCUGUGUGGAUGGCACGGGGAUGGUGGAUCUCUUCAGCAUGUGGGGGCCCCCAUGAGCCUCCGAGGAUCCCUGGCAUGAGCCAGUGUUCUGGAGCAGCUCUGCUUCCAGGGUUGGGGCAGGUGAGUUCUGGGAUGGGCUGGUGAGCCCAGAGCAGAACCACGCCUGUCCUGGGCUGGGCAGGCCAGAUAUGGGAUCCUGUAUCCCCAGUGCCCCACCAGACUUUUUUUCUAAAGUGACUCACCCCCUCCCCCGCCCACUUCUGUAAUGAGGAACAUGUGUGCUGUUGUGGGUUGGCAGGUGCUGCACUUCAGUUUUAGCCCGUUUCAAGGGGGUGGGGACCUUGAAAGGCUGCUCUCUUCCUGGUGGGGGAGCCCUCUGGGGAAUGUAGGGGUCCAAGUAUGGGUGUCUGAAUGGGAGAAAUAAACAAACUGUACACAGA